AUGGAGGAGAGGUUACAUGUUGUCUUACACAAGAAGGAGAUCUUCAAGGUGCGGUCAAUCUUAUUUUCGACUAUCCACUACCCGACCCCUUUCAUCAUGACUUGCUCUGUGCUCACGGAAGCUGCCGAGUCACAUUUGUCGGCACAAAAGUAUGGCUACGACUUUGUGGCGUCGACGAGCCAAAAGAGCAUCGCAGCUCACAUGCUGAGAUCAAUGACCAAGGUAGAUGUGGCAGGGGCGUGGUAUUUUUUCAGUAGUAAUAGCGGCGACAGAUAUCAUGUUUGCGGCCGGGAAGAGGCCCUAAAGAAAACACAUGACGUUGACCCUCUGGAUGCUGCACAAUGCCCUGGUACAAUGCCAACCGACGAUUCGAAAUAUUUGACACUCUAUAACGCAGGCUUCAUCUUUGCAUGCGACUGUACUCUGGGCCUUCCCCUCGGCAUGACUGGCGACAAACUCCCGCAGCCGUGCAUCAUUUUGUGCGAGGAGACGGACAAGAUCGUCUUGAACGUGUUUUUUUCAGAAAUCACCAUUGUCCAGGCAAGAAAUGACAGCGGCGGCAAGCUGUGGGAGCGGUCAUCACAGCAACGAGGCGCUCCGUGGUAUAUCACCAUCAAGCUGAACAUUGCCCAGGAGCCGUUGCCGUCCAUCAACGAUUCCUCGCCCGGUCCGGGUGAAAAGCACUGGAAAGUCCAUGACGUACCAGGAGACAUCUCCAGGAUUGGCUACCAGAGCUGCGUGGGCCGAGUCAAAGGCGAGCGUGUGGACGGGGUGUACACCUCGGGAGUUGAGGGAGGCUCUGCCCAGGGGAGCAGACAACUAUGUUACCAGGGGAUAGAAAAUACAUGGGAUCCGACCAUUCCCGAUGAGCCUCGCUGGCUGUUUUUGCCUGAUGGCAACGAGCCACUGUCGGCCAUGGCGGUUGCUACGAUUCGCCAUGCAGAAUCCGCGCUCGAUCCCAAUCGGCUAGCAACCACCGAUCUGUAUGCCGUUGCGGAUUCCAAUCUUUAUCGUUGGGACGCAGCCAAGCAAGAUGAUGGGGCGUGUGCGCAAGUGCUCAUCGAGGGCAAAGGCAAAGGCCUGCUUUUGGGUACGCACACCUUGCUUGGCAUGGCACACGACGGCAUCGCGAUACUAUGGGGCCUCAACUCGUCCAACCAGCUGUACACAAUGUCGUGUGACAUGAACUACGUGUCGGACCCGAAGAAAUGGAGUGCUCCCUUCCCUGUUGCGCUAGGGAUUGAGCGCCUCUCCGCCUUCGUCAACGCAGUGGAUGGCGGCAACACCAUCUUCGCCUACGCAGGACAAGACACACCGCGGAAGCGUGGCAGCUCAAGGCUGAUCAGGCUCACGAAAGAGUCGGGCGGCUCAAGGCUAUGGAAAUCUCAGAGCAUUAUUCUUCCGCUGCCGCCCAGGAAACCGUCCAUACCUAUCAUGUCCUACACCACCACUCUUUCCGUCACCGACAUGUCGGGCCACUCGGUCCCUGCAGCCCAAAUGUCCAUCUCAACAAACUCACGCACGGCCGUACACCAGUGGCACAGUAACAGUGGUCGAGGCAACCGAGAAUCUGAGCGCGGCGGCCUGGACGGUGUCCUUGGAAGGAACGCCGAGGGCACCACCGAGGUCAAGCCGUACGCGGACAAUUAUACCAAGAUUAGGCAGUUCGAGACCAAGGAGGCACUCCGCGGCGCCAUGGUGCCUGACCGUGCCCAUAUAGUCGCCGGUGGCAUUUGGGAAACGGCCCCUCGUCAGAGCUUAAUCCCCUCUCGCAUUUCCGACGAUACCGUCAAUGUGGCCAGCAACAUUAUUGGAAAUUUCAAUAAGAUGCACCCGAACGGUGCCUACUCCCCAACUGUCAACGCAAGGGAAGAUGUUCGCGUCAUUCCGGCCUCGCGUCAUCCAUCUGCCUCGUCAGUGCUGGGUGACGACAAUGGGGUCUGGACAGACAUCGGCGAUUUUUUUCGCAGCGCGUGGGAGGCUUUCAAGCACGGGAUUGAAGUGGGAGUGACAUGGAUCUACGACGAGGCAAAAAAUGUCUAUCAUGUCUUUGUCAAGAUCCUACACGAAACAUACGAGGCCAUUGUCAAGACGAUAGACGACAUCGUCGCAGGAAUCAUCUGGAUUUUCAACCAGAUUGUUGACUUCAUUGAAGACGUCUAUCACUUCCUUCAAAUCCUCUUCGAGUGGUCUGAUAUACAAAGAACAAAGGACGUAUUCCAAAAGGCCGUCAAGGUUUGGUUGAACCAUCAAGUCGACUUGGUCCCGGAGGGCAAAAAGCUCCUUGACGACCACAUCAUGGCCGCAAUCGAUGCCGUCGACAAAUGGGCGGGCAUUUCGCAUGAUUGGGAUCGUCUCGGAGACCCGUCCAAGCACACAGCAAAGGAAAGUUCGACAGAUCCAGAGUCAGGUCAAACAUCGGCAUCGCGAUUGUUAUCCAAGCACCUUCAAAAUCACAUUGGCGAAAUCUCGCUCGCAAAUGAUGAGCCCUUGCCACAGAUUCCGGAGGCCGUUAUACACGACAUUGUCGCAGGUUUACCUGCCAACGCGCCGGACAAUUCGAUUCAGGAUAUUUACGAUCAGCUCUGUGCAUUGGCUGCCGAUUUCAAGGACAUGAGUGUUGGCAAGUUCUUGACCAGACUCGCUGGCAUCUUGGCUGGCGCCGCUCUGCAGGCUGUCAAAGCCGUGGCCGACGUCGUCUUGGAUGCUUUGACCAAGAUUGCGAGACCAGCAGUCAAGAUCCUGGACACGAAAAUUCACAUCCCCGUUAUAUCGGACAUUCUCAACGCGCUGCAUAUAGACAUCUCGUUCCUUGACUUGUUUAUGUGGAUCGCUGCUGUGGCCUACACCGUGGUGUACAAACUUGCAAACCACAAUAACCCCCCUUUUACGAAGGAAUUCGCCAGUGCCGUUACAUCCGCCUCAUCAUGGGAGCAGCUUCUCAAGCUCUUCCAGCCCGCCCUUGACGGGCCAGGCGCCCACACAGCGUCUGUGAAUUUGCCAGCCAUGUUUCAUGGAGGUCACGGAGGUGCCGGCAUUGCGGGCAUAUUGACUGCGAUCCUCCAGACACUGGAGGCGGCGCUGCCUGCAGGCGAGAGCAAGUUGCUGGUAUGGUCAUCCAUUGCCGCUGGCGUCUUGUCGGCAGUUCUUGCUGGUGUUGCUGACGCCGUCGUUCCCGUGGAAGCUGUCGAGAACAAGGACAUUGCCACGCUGUCCACUUUCAAGGUAGCAUAUGUCAUACUAUGGGGAUUGGCGUGCGGUGCGGCAGGGGAUCAAAUGGUGACGCCAAUAGCCAAAACGACGGGCAUCAAGUGUAUCAACGGUCGCGGUGCUGGAGCGGUCGUAGGGGCCGUCCUCACCAUCCCGGCAUUCAUUGUGUCGGGAUACCACUUUUACGAACUCAGUCAGAAGUCUGCAUCGGUCAAACGGAAAGCCCAUGUAAAAGAGGCGGCUGUUGUCCUGUUGGGUGUUUGCGAUGUCGCAACGGCGGGACUGCAGAUUGCAGAAGCUGCAUUGCCUUAUUAG